AUGAUUGGUAUUAGUGGAAGCAGUAUGAAGAAUUUUUCAACUGAGAAUAUCAUCCACAUUAGUGAUGUUAUAAACAAUUGUUUCAAAUGUAUGAAAUAUUAUCUAUUACGUUUAGAAUAUUCAUUAUUGGAUUAUCAACGACGAUGUAUACGAUGGACAUGUUAUCGAACAAUCAAACCAAGUAUUUGGAUAACGACUUAUUCAACGAUUAUAACCUCCAUAAUGUUAACUGCUAUUCGACGACCAAAAUCCAUAAUCGGUUUGCCGUUAUCAUUUGAAGAUCUUGAAGAAAUGUUUAAUAUUCAACGAUUAGAUAUUACAAUCGUACAUUUACUUGUUGUUUUUAUGUUAUUAGAAUAUCUAUGUUAUCGUUUAACGGUAUUGACAAUAUUAUCUGGUUACGCAUUAUUCAUGAUUCAUGUUGGCUAUUUAUAUUUAGAUGGUAAAUGGAAUACAUUUCAAUGGCUUUUAUUUCUUCAACUGUGGACAAUGUUAUUGUUUCGAUUAUUAUAUCUGCUUGGACAAUUAUUUUUGGUUAUGAAAUUUUUAUUAUUUAUCGUUGAAUUUUGGCGAAUACAAUUUAUAAAAAUGUUUCAAACAACACAAAUUUUGUUUCGUUGUAAUCGAAACAAAAUGGAUUUUAACAAUUCAAUAAAUCACAGAUUAUUUUGGCAAAGUUUUCAUCGGCAAUAUUUGGCAUUGUAUUUGGACACAUGGAAAUUUGAUGAUACAAUAAGAAUUGUACUUGUAGCAAUGGAAAUGGCUGCAAAAUCAGCAAUUAUUGAUUGUACCGUAUUCGUUAGUAAACAAUUGCGUAUAAAUCUUCAUAAUACAUUUGUCAUCCUAUGGCUAGGAUCAGCAUUUGCAUAUAUCAAAGUUAUUUAUUCACACGUGUCAUCUUUACCAUUUUAUAAUCAACGUUAUAGCCAACUAAUUAUGAAUUGGAAUGCACGAACAUAUUGGCAACGAUUCUGUACUCGACAGCAGCAACGACUACUGCAAGAAUCGUCAUCAUCAUCAUGGACAAAACUGAAACAUUUCAAUGCAAGGAUCAUAUUAAGAGAUGUGAUCAAAUCCAAUCUAUUCAUACAGACAAUGACUAAUAAUCUAUUUGGAUUGAAUUGUGGACAAAUAUUCUUUAUCACUAGAUAUAAAUAUUUAGAAUUACUUUUAAUGGAUGUUAUGUUAAUUUUAUUAUUUUAUAAAAAAAUUUGCUUAUAUUAA